AUGUAUGACAGCAGCGAAUCCGUAGUGGCUCUUAACCUGGGUUUAUGUGCGAAGCCAACUUUUGUCGCUGCCAGAUCUGCUAGCAUAGCUACGAAUAUGGUGAGAAUUGCCCGUGGUUCGGCAAAUUCAUCUUCGGUAGCUGCAUCUUUCAUCGCGGGUUUUUGA